AAAAGCAUCGUGCCCUAACUCUCAUUCUUCGAAUGUCGCUCUAAUCGGAACGAUUGAAAGACCGCUGCGACACCAAACUCCGGCCAGGCCUUCAUCUCCGGCGACUCCACUCCAGACGGAGAGACUGCCGGCCACUCCAUUCCAGGUGUGCGGCAACGAUUCUAGGCACUGUUAUGAUUUCUUGUCUACAUUUGUGAGUUCCAUUUUUUAAGUUUAAAAGUAUACCCUUUGCAUCGAUCUCCUCUGGGCUUUGAACAAGCGAUAUUCCAUCCAAAUCCUCAUCAUCUCAGCGAAGACAAGCAAUAUUCGGCCUUUGACCUUGCCGCCAUCAUCCAGCCUCGUCGCCGCUUCCGUCCUCCAUCCUCGUCGCCAUCGCUAUCCUCCAAAUCGAUGACAUAGUUGCAUAAUCACACAGUUUGCAAUUUCCGAUUCUAUCCUGAUUCGAAAAGCCCUAUUUAAUCAAAAUUGGCCCAAACACAAGACGGAACGGGUUUAGUGGUUUUCGUCGUCUCAUCGAUUGUAGAGUUCUCGAUUCCAUCAUGGCAUCAUCCACCGAGGUUUCUUUAUGGGCAUCAACAUCUCAAGUGAACCCGUAAAUUGUAAAAAGAAAAACAUUGAGGUAAUUCAAAGAUCAAAAUGAAGGUGAAAAUAGUUUGGAGGAAAGUUGGUGAUUAUGUCCGCUAUGAUUUGAAAGAAAUUGCAUUCCCCUCAUCUUUGCCCGACCCUCCUCAUUUCAAAAAACGUAGAAAAUUAACUUGGAAAGAACGAUAUUUGGUGAUGAAGGAAGCAACUAGACUUUAUGCUGCAAGCUGGGUAAGAGAUAUAGGUCCAGAGCUUCGACCAAAUGAAUACAAAAACAAGGAAAAAUCAGGAGAUGAAAAUGAUGGGAAAACAGGUUCCAACACAGAAUCUGAACCUUCAACAUUGGAGGAUCUUGCUGUUGCUGCUCGAGGUGGAAUGGAGACACUUAGGCCAGCUUUGCAACGGGUUUAUAUGAUUAGAGCAUCUGCUUACAGGGAUGCUUUAAAGAGCUUCAUACAAGGUUACCAAGAAGGCAUACAACAAGUCAUGGAGAAGAAAGACACCACCACCCUUGAACCUCCUCCUCAACACCAAGAAGAAAAUAACGACCCAAAAAAGACUACUUGAUCUGUCUUUUUAAGACACCCUCAAAUUUUGUAAUAAUAGUAUGUAUAUUCAGAUUUAGUGAUGUUGCAAACAGAUAAUGACUUUUUAGGUAUAGAUUAUAUGGAUUAUAGAUACUGUUUUUGUAAAAUAUCCUCCAUGUUUAUUAAAUUUUUGUAGCACAUUGAACAUAA